UCCAUCCGGGCCCACUACCGAAUGGAGUUUUUCGGCUAAAAAACCAUUAGUUUUGCUCAAUUAACGAUCAUAGAAAUGAUUGAAAUGUUUAUCAAUUGAUCUCUCCAGACUACUUGGCACUCUUUGGUGCUGCCAAGUGUCAAGCAUCAGAAAACUUUUCUUCUUUAAGGGGAUACUGAUUGCUGGAAGAAAGGAGAGUAUGGAGCCGUCACUCUUUCUACCAAAGACUCUCCUCCGUCGUCCUCCAAAAGUUUCAGGAAGAGAAGCCCUCUAAAGUUUUCCAAUCAUGGAGUUUUAUAAUUGUAAACAAGGAAAAGGCCUGAUUCACCCCAACAAAGAGUACACCCAUACUUGCACCCACUGGACACUAGGUCUGUUAUAUAUGGGCUCCACAUGUCACUGAAAGUGUUGGCAUGAUUCAAUCAAGACUUUGGCUUUGAGUGGACAAUCUAUAAAAGUAGAAAAUAACAAGUUCAGAAUUACAUCUUAUAUAAUUAGGGCUGAUGUGUCCUCUACUUGAAACUAUGGUAUUUUGGUGCGGAGUAUGAGGUUCCAGUGGUAAGCUAGGAAACUAGAGUGUUAGUAAACUACAAUGGGUGCAUAAGGUGUUAUUCUAGCUAGGCAAUAAUUUCAAAUGUCAUACCAUAUUCUAUGGCUUGAUAUGGUAAAUUAGUCCUUGCAUAUAAAAUCCACAUCAGCACGUCUGGGUGAUUUUGGCUUCAACUCACUCAACAAGAAGGACAAAGAUGUUGAGGGCAAGACCAUGAAAUUUCCCACAAUGCUCUUCAUGGGCCAUGGCUUCCCAUCUUGAAUGGGCAAUUGCGUUUCCUAUUCAUAAUGAUUGCGAUUAGCUACCCUUUUAGGUUGCCACGUCUCUGGGGAGAAGUCCAAUGACAUGAUUUUUGGCCAGGGCUCCAUUCUCGGAGGAAACCAACAGGAUGACCAAAAUGCCCUUGCUCUCAUAAGGGGUGUAGGGACUGGAUGCCACUUUCACAAGCAUGAGGACCCUGGCGUUUUCGAGGGGAUUGCGACAGGAGGACACGCCUUCUCUCUAUGGAGACACGGAGUUUUUUAACAGUAACGGCUUCUUUCAGAGGCCGAACUAGCUAACAAUUGCAAGCGUGGCUAAGUUGGGUCAAUCAUUUCUAUCCUUCUCCCUAUAUAUGUGUGUGAUAUAUCCAAGCCUCACCGGAAAGAAGAGUAACAGCCUUUAAUAAGAUCUCCUCCAUCCAACAAAAGUCUUAACAUAAGUAUCUUCACACACACUCUCUCUCUAGAUCUCUUUGUGAAAUGGGAUUAAGGGAUAUAGAGUCUACUCUUCCACCAGGGUUUAAGUUCUACCCGAGUGAUGAGGAGUUAGUAUGCCAUUAUCUAUACAAGAAGGUGGCUAAUGUUAAGGUUUCUGAAGGGACCAUGGUGGAGGUAGACUUGCAUACUCGGGAGCCAUGGGAAUUGCCAGAGGGUGCCAAGCUCAGUGACGAUGAGUGGUAUUUCUUCAGCUUUCGUGAUCGUAAGUAUGCCACUGGCUCUCGCGCAAAUCGGGCUACAAAGUCUGGUUAUUGGAAGGCCACAGGUAAAGAUCGUACAGUAUAUCACCCCAAGACACGUGGAAUCGUUGGGAUGAGAAAGACGCUUGUGUUUUACAGUGGAAGAGCUCCCAAUGGAGUAAAGACUGGCUGGGUCAUGCAUGAAUUCCGUUUAGAGAAUCCACAUACCCCACCAAAGGAGGAUUGGGUGCUAUGUAGAGUUUUCAAUAAAAGGAAGGGAGAGGUUGCUAGUAGCUCUGGUGUAGAGAACUUGGCGUCCUCCCCUCCUUUGCUUUUUGAUACGAUGGGGUCAUCAUGCAUGAACAAUGUCCCACAUCAAGAGGGCAACUCAAAUACCUUAGUAAAUUUGGAGGUACUGCAUUAUAAUUUCCAUGAAUUUAUUCAAGAGUUGGAGACCACAGAUCUGAUGAGCACGGAGAUGGGGAUGGGAUCUAAGGAUGGAGGGGAUGAUGACUACGGGUUCCUCUUUGACGCGGGGCUAGACGAUGAUGAUCAUGCCAUGGGAGUCGAAUGUGGAGGACACCUGGGGUUCUAAUUUAAAUGACGAGCUAGGUAGUAAGUAGAUUGAAGAAAAUUUAAAGGACGAUCUCUAGUUCUAGAUGAAAGUGCACGUACUGGUCUGAUCUUACAGAGAAGAUUAAUUUGUAAAUUUGUGAUUGUGAGAGUGAUUGUUGUGAAAUUGUGAAUAUGUACAGUUUGGGUGUGGGCGUUGAUUCGAUUUGUUGUGUAUGCGUGUGCAACCGAGACGACAUGCUUAUUAA